AUGACUCCGACCUCUCCAAUGACUCUGCCCUCUUUCUCGAUGCAAGGGAAGGUAUGCAUGGUGACAGGCGCAGCAAGAGGACUGGGUUUCGAAUUUUGCAGGGCAUUUGUCCAAUCGGGCUGUACUUCUUUGGCGAUCUUGGAUCUCAAGGUCGAUGAAACCAAGGCGGCUGCCCAAGAACUCGCUCACUAUGCCAUCAAGGAUUGCAAACUGGAGGCAUACAAAAUCAAGUUUGUUGGCAUCGAAUGUGACGUUUCGUCGGAAGAAUCAGUCCAGAAAGCCUUCAAGGUUAUCAUGGACAACUUCGGAAGGAUCGAUGCGGUCGUUGCCUCAGCUGGUAUCGUCGAAAAUUACCCUGCUCUCGACUAUCCAGCAGAACGUGUCAAGAGACUUUACGACGUAAAUGUUCAUGGCGUAUUCUACACUGCCCGUGAAGGAGCUCGAAACAUGAUACCAAAUGGUGGCGGGUCCAUCAUCCUGAUUUCUAGCAUGAGUGCGAAUAUCGUGAACAUUCCUCAGCUUCAAACGCCGUACAAUGCAUCCAAAGCCGCUGUGAAGCAUAUGGCGGAAAGUCUGGCCGUAGAAUGGGCCAAGCAGGGUGUUCGAGUCAAUACUCUAAGUCCUGGCUACAUGCUGACGAAACUUACGAGGACGAUUCUGGAGAAAGAUGUUGAACUCAAGAAUACUUGGGAACGACUCACACCAAUGGGCAGGAUGGGAGAACCUGAAGAUCUCUCAGGAGCAAUUGUAUUCUUAGCUAGCGAUGCGUCGAAGUUUAUGACGGGUUCUGAGAUACGGGUGGAUGGUGGAUAUUGUGUAAUAUAA